AAGGUACUAGUGUAUGUAUGAUACAGUACUCCAAGUCGUAGGGUAAACAACAGCAAACGGAUUUUCAAAAAGCGACUGAAAGGACGGCGAUGCGAGAGAGGCUCGACAGACAACACUUUUUUCCAAAACAGACGAAGCCAGAGCAACACCAACCACAUUGCCGCUAUUCGAUAUUCGAUCCGGUCACCAUCGGUCCAUGCAUCCAUCCAUUGGCUAGGCUCAGACAGCUACACGACCGCGCCACAGCCGUCCCCAUGGCCCGAAAAAGCAAGCAACCCGGCGGGCACAACCCUCUGACGGCCCACGAACGAAAGAAAUACGCCAAGGACGUCUACGGGACCACCACGGCCCGCCUCGGCCGGGAUUCCCAGUACUCCCUGGGCGACUGCGGCCUCUCCCUCCACCCGGCGAGGGACCAYCCGGUGGCCUCMCCMUCGGGAUACAUCUACGAGCGGUCGGCGAUGCUGGAGUACCUCCURGCCAAGACACGGGAACUGAAGCAGCGCCGGGAAGAACACGACCGGGCCCUCGCGCUGAGGGCGGAGGGAUCGGAGCGCAGGGAGGAGCAACACCGCAGGGACCGGGUCGAGGACUUUGAGCGGACGCAGAAAGUCGCGAGUGCCAAGAGGCAAAAGUUGGAGGAAAACGUGCUGAAACGUACCAGCUACUGGCUGGCCGACAUGCAGCCGAGCAAGAACGAUCACGACGGCGACGAAGCAAACCCAACCGCGCCGCUUCCGAAGCGGCCGCCCUCCCCCAACACCCAGCGGCCGCUGCGCCGAAAGGACCUGAUCGAGCUCUGCCUUUUGCGGAAACACAGCAACAAAAACAAGAGCGACGACGGGAACAAUCCCAGGGGCGACCCGGUCCUCUGCGCGAUAUCCGAAAAGGAAAUCACGACGCAGCAGGCCCUGGCCCUGGUCACCACCCGGGGGAGCAGCGGCGACGAAGCCCACCCCGCCCAGGUGGUCCUGGAAAGCGUGUACAGGGACCUGAAGAUCGAGGACGAAAAAACGCCGGUCUGCCCCGUGACGGGCCGGAAACUCCGAAAGGUCCUGAAGCUCCAGCGGGGCGGGAGCUCGUUUGCUUCGGAAGACGGCCGGGCCGUGGAAGCAAAGCAAUACCGGCCGACGAUGACAUAGCGCCGAACAAACCCGAGCGUGGCAAGCGCCAAAUGGUGUUUGCCUGGGUGGCGGGAAAGCAACGACAAAACUAGAACCGGCGUGUGGGUAUUGCGCAGCCUGGUUUUGUAGCUAUGGAAUGGUGCCAGGAUUGAUGGCAAGGAAAUGCUCGGUUCCGGUCAUAUCCGUCACCAUCGCGUCGCYGUCCCUUACAUAUUAUCCGUGGUGUCCAUUGUUCAUUCGAUGCUUUUGGAUUAAUCCUAGAAUACAGUAAGCCAUUACAA